UGUUAAUGUUCAGAUCACACUAAAGGAAUUAUUCUUUGCCCUUGGUGCAAAAUUCGUAGAUUUCAGUAGAAGCUCUGUCAAAUUUACGUUUCCUCUAUAUCUGCAUGGAUGGAAUUGUUCACACACGCCGAAGGAGGCAGAAAGAAAGAGCAGUUCCUCUCCAAGGAGAAACUUGUCCUAUCUUCUCGUGUCCUAGAGCAGAAUGUUUACAAAAAGCUCAUUAAGGGAAAGGGGAUUGCAAGAUAGCAACAAAUCUGGUGAACAGCUUACACUACACGAGAUAAGAGAGGCAAGGCGACCAUAGAAGAGAGCAAGCCCUAUCCAAUUACUGAGACCUGGCUUUGGGGAGGGGGAAGGGAGAGAGGACGGAUCACAAGUUUCAAUCCAAACUUGUCAUCUCUCUGUGACACAAGGGGAUAAAACCGCCACUUAGCCCACACGAGAGCUAGAGCUUGUUGAGCGUGGUCCGAGGCCGGAGCGAAGCCAUGGAUUCCAUAGUCCUUCAGCUGUGGGCUGGCCUCUGCCUCUUGGUUCACCUUGCCGCCUGCAGUCCCAUCCUGAGCUUGGAGCACUCUUCCUUGGAGGAAGGCGAGCCUCUCUUCGAUGAGUUCCUGUCCGAGCAGGAUGGCGUUGAUUUCAACACAUUGCUUCAGAAUAUGAAGAACGAGUUCCUGAAGACGUUGAACCUCUCCGACAUUCCUCUGCACGAAUCGGCCAAAGUGGACCCACCAGAGUACAUGCUAGAGCUGUACAACAAGUUUGCCACUGACAGGACAUCUAUGCCGUCUGCGAAUAUCAUUAGGAGCUUCAAAAAUGAAGACCUUGCUUCCCACCCUGUGGGUGUCAUAGGAGUUCGGAAAUAUCCCCUUCUGUUCAAUGUCUCCAUCCCUCAUCAUGAAGAAAUCACCAUGGCAGAGCUGAGGCUCUACACCUUGGUGGAGAGGGACCAAAUGCUGUAUGACGGGCUCGACCGAAAGGUCACCAUUUUUGAAGUGCUGGAAAACAACCAUAUGGGGGUAGGAGAAGAAAGAAAGAUUGUGGCACUGGCAUCCAGACAGAUCUAUGGCACAAGCAGCGAGUGGGAGAGCUUUGAGGUGACCGAAGCCAUAAGGCGUUGGCGAAGGGCAGGGCUGACCACGCACCGGCUGGAGGUUCACAUUGAGAGCAGGGAAGGGGAGGAGCAGAACGGAGAGGGGAAACUCGAUAUCGACAUCAACUCUGAGGCUAAGCACGUGCCCCUGUUGAUUGUGUUCUCUGAUGACCAAAGCAAUGAUAAGAAAGAGGAGAAGCAAGAGCUGAACGAGAUGAUAGACCAUGAGCAGCUCCUGGACUUGGAGAACCUGGAGGUUGGCAAUUUUCACGGACACCCUGGUGAGGAGGCUCUGCUCCAGAUGCGUUCCAACAUCAUUUAUGACUCUACUGCCCGAAUCCGAAGGAACGCAAAAGGCAACUACUGCAAAAAGACUCCACUCUACAUAGAUUUCAAGGAGAUUGGCUGGGAUUCCUGGAUCAUCGCUCCAGCAGGAUAUGAAGCUUAUGAGUGCCAUGGAGUAUGUGCCUACCCCUUAACAGAGCACGUCACCCCAACAAAACACGCCAUUGUCCAGACUUUGGUUCACUUGAAGAAUCCCCAGAAAGCCUCCAAGGCCUGCUGCGUGCCCACCAAACUCGAUCCUAUCUCAAUUCUCUACAUGGAUGCAGGAGUGGUCACCUACAAGUUCAAAUAUGAAGGCAUGGUGGUAUCAGAGUGUGGCUGCAGAUAGUAGCAGGGAACACAUGCACAGGGGAGUGCACAAGGGAAGUAUUUAAUGAUUCAGUCUGUAAAUUUGUACAUUUCGGAUUUCCUAUUUAAUAAGGUUAUUUAAUGAGGCAUGUACAGAUAAUUGUAUGUUUCCUGUCACGGGGAAUGGGCAAGUCAUAUGACAGUAGGGAAUGUAUAUUUUGUUCCAUUGCUUGCUUCUUGCUAUUCUGUUCAAAUUAUGACUGUCUGUCUUCAUACCUGAGCAUAGAGCAGAUCACUGGAUUGUUUGGGUGGGCUCUUCAUGCCAGAAGGGGCACAUUCAAAUUCGCAGGAACAAAGGCAUCUUUUUGUGCUUUGUAAAUGGUGAUUGGCAUCUGUAGGGAUUUCCAGAGCGACUAAAACUAUGGGCAAUACAUGCCUAGUUGUUUAGUUGUAGCAUAAAAUCUUCAUAAAGAUCUUUACAUGCUCAGAUAUUUCUUUGAAAAUUUAUCUCUGUAGCUCUGAAAUCCCAACAAAAGAUUUAGAAUGCUACCAGUUUAUACCAGCUUAGAAACUGGUCCCCCACCCAGUCCAGUAAGCUACAUCCCAUACAUCCACAUUACCCAGUUCAAAUGGCCAAAUAGUAUUGCACUUAGUCUGCAUAGAAAUAGACAGAAAAGGAAACCCCAUUGUGCCUGCUAGAUAGAGAGGAUCUUUCCUUUAUGUAUGUGCUGAAGUUGUCAAUUCAUAAAGGUACUGCCCCCCCCUUAAAUGAUAUAUGAUGGAGUCACAUGCCAAUGUUUCCACCACUCUUCUGCAACAAAUCGCAGUGAUAAGAAGGUGUCGGAGCUGAGAAACAAUAGACCCGUCACUUUAUUUAUACUAAGCUGCAAAUUUGUCAGAUUCUUGGGAAAGUGUAAGUGACGCUGACUCUUUAGCCUGUACCAGAGCCUACUGUACUGUCCCUGCAUCUGUUUUACACUUUUAAGGGAAAGUUAUCUUCACUGGAAGUGAUAAGGGCCUUUGAAAGAAUCACUCUAACACUUCAUGGGAAUGAACACAAAAGACUUUAUCACGCACCAACUAAAACCAGUCUCACCUAUUUUCACACAUACUCUUCUGUGCUUCCCAUAAUUUAUUGAUCUAUUUAUUGACUGCCUGCCUUUGUAAUAUAAUGUAGAAUACAGAAUGUUUUAUUUUUGUGCUUGUAUGUAACCCCACUUGGAUAAAACCUUGUACCAACCCUCCUGGAUGUGGACUCUCUCUGUUGAGUUGUUGCUGUGUGGAGAUUGGGACUGGCGAUGUUUUUCUGCCCUAGAUACUUGUAAAUGCUGUACCCCAUGGCUAUCUCCAUUGCAUACAGACCUAUUCACCCCAGUGGUUUAUUUAAGCAGCAUUCUGGUGAGCGUAUGGUGUUGCCCACUCUGUGAGCACUGCGUGGCUCCCAGUAGCAAGUUGGGCCAUGGGUCUGUACUGCUUCACUCCUCCCGAUGUAGCUGGCACUGCUCAUGGCCUUUCCCUACAGACACACUGCAAUCUCAGUCUGUCCUUAAUGGCACGCUGCAGGAAUUCACGGGAGGUGUGAUAUCUCCCUCUGCUGACAUGAACUGCCGCGGCCAAUGGUUGAAGUGUCACCACGCAAAUCCUUUCAAAACUCUCCUCAAUUCUUAUGAAGCCAUUUGCCAGGACAAACCAUUCACCUUGUUACGAGUGAUAAUCCAGCAUUAGGGAGAUAAUCCGACAUUUGCUUUUAUCGGCUCUUUUCUGCAACUGUGCCUGUGGCAGUGAUCCACCCAACAUGCUUCUGCACUGCUGUCCUUUAUCGAACAGCACAACACUUCUGCUCACCAAUUAAGAGGAUCUAUGCCUUAGAAACAAUAUAUGACCCAACAGAACCACCCUCUACCAUUGUACAUUUCCAAGUGACCACACAGCAUAUCAGAGUGGCUGCAUUUGCACUCUCUUAUUGUUCUAAUAGAGGAAAUGAGAUACAAGAGUACUGCAGUGCUAGUGUGCAUAGCCAUGUAGUUCUAUCAGUAAUUAAACCUGCACAUAUGGAUAUUCACAAGUAGAAAUCAGCAGAUAUAUCUACAGUACCUGUGUAGGAUUACAUGCCAGCCCAUCUUUUGUUAUUAGUAACUUUUCUUUGUAAUAAAACAAGCAUGGAUUGGAUGAGAUCUAUCACUUAUUAAAAAAACAAAACAGAACAAAACAAUUAAAAAAAAAAAAAAAGAGAGAAGGAGGAUUUCCUGGCACUUGAACAUCUGCUUGAUUCAAGAAUUUGAAAAACUACAGCCCAGGGUUAAUUUAAACUUCCUUAUAACCCAGUUCAACAUUUGGAGUGCAAACACUGUUAAUAGGAUGGGAACUGGGGUGGUGGUGGGUUGCUUACUAUGCUGGGAAACAAAGCCAGAGCAGAACUAGCUUGAGAUAGAGGUUUUGUUUAUAUUGCUGACCCAUCUGUCUUCAUUAAUGCACUAUUUACAGGAAAAGUUACAAAAUUAGCUUCUGCUCCUUCUUCAAUUACAACAGCAACAAAUAAAGGCAGAAUUGCUUGUUUGCCCUCGACUAAAAAUGGAAAUUCUUAUCAACACCCCUUGGAAGAAGAAGUUUAUGAUAUGGAGCAUAUUAUUGUUGAAUAUUAGUGUUGGCUCAGGCAUUUUGGAUGGAGCUGUGCAUUUCUGGCACAGGCAAUAUCAGGAGUGAAGAGUGGUCAAAGAAGUGGUAUUGCUGCAGAAAGCCUCAAAUGUUGGCCCAUGCUUUGCCCUAAAAUUCUAAGACUAAGGUAGAAAUAAUGUGGUUUUUCUCUCAUUUCUAGAGUGUAGAUGUCUAAAUGCAGACAGAUGAAAGCCCAAAUACACACACGCUGAACCUCCUUCAGGCAAAAUGAAGCCGAUUUGUGGCCACGAGUUAACAAGCUGCCGUGCAAAGCACUCAUGGCACUGGCACAGCCAGUAACCCAGUGAGGACUUGAGUUUGUGGCCUAACAUUCCUAAUGAAAACAGACUAUUAAAACUACUGCUGUGUUAAGCUUUCUUAAAAUCAUCUUCUCAAUGAAAAGAAAAAGCCACAGGGGUUGGAAGUCGAUGAUCUUUAAGAUCCCUUCCAACCUAAGGCAUUCUGUGAUGAGUCAACAGUUGAAUUUGAUGAUCUUAGUGGCAUUUUCCAACUUCAGUGAUUCUAUGAUUCUAUGCUUUACACUCCAAGCCCAAUGAAAUAGAGACAUGCAUUAAAAAAAAAUAAAUAAAAAGCAGAGAUCCUCCCUAAAGCCUAAAGCCAGUAAUUUCCAGUGGGCAGGUAGGUUUGUCAGGAUUACAUCUCACUUGCAUGUCCCAAUAGAAGGAGAAGCUUCCAGAUGACCUCAAGACCUUGGGAACAAAUCCAGCUGGUGAGUGCCCUGCCUCCCUUUCCUUCAUCCACCCAUUGCCUUGCUCUUCCUCAUGACCCUCAGCACUGCCCACCCACUUUUGCUCAGACCAGACACGUGUUUUCUAAGGCUGCAUCGCUGCAAGCUGUUCCCUGCGGAGCAGGACGUGAGGCACGUAGUGUGCCUGCUGUGCGUGCACAGGAGCAUCUUGCUGGGGAAACACAACCAAAAGUGGUGGAGGGAGCAGCUGUUAGAGUUACUGCUGCUUUUCCUGGAUGGAAACAGAGGAAAAACUCCACCUUUUGAUAGCCUUGUCAAGAAGAUGAAUAGUGGACGGUGAUACAUGCUGAGGUCUUGCUAAAAGCUCCUGCAGCAACGAAGCACAUUUGCUUUCAGGUGCAUGCUAGAUGCAUGCCAACUGACUGUACUGCCUCACUUUGGACAUCAGUAAAAGCAGAAUUUCAGCCAGCAAUAACCUGGGAAAUUUUCUGCAUCCAGCCCUGUCGACUGAGCAGAUUGCUUACAAAACCCUUCAGGAUACAGCUGCAUUACUUCUGCAAAUGGAGCUACUUUUUGGAAAGGACAAACUCAGAAAUAGACUUGUUAAUGUAUGCACUGUAAUAAUAUAUCACCAGGGGUGAUAAAUCACAUCCAACUAAAUGAGCAUACAUUGGGAAUAGGAAAUUAGCAUGUUUGUUUAACACUGCUGGAUGAGUGCCCAACAUGAUUCCGUGUGCAAGGCAAAUUGAUCAGCCCCCUGCUCAGCAUUGCAAGGGCUUUGCGGGACCUUUGAUUGCAUUUUUUAAGUAAACAAAGGAAAUACAGGGGAUAAAAGCAAUCAACAUGGUUGCAAUAAAGGAAAUGAUACGAGAGGAAUGGAUUUCCGUGACACAGAGCAAUGCUUCUGGAAAAGAAGUGCAUUUUUUUUUCUCCCUAGCUCCAGAUACUACAAUUUUUCUAUGAGAUAGGACCAACGAAAACAAUAUGCAGUGUUUUAUGUUAAAGGAGCAGAUGCAUACCAUGAAUCCAACAGCAGCACAACCACAUUUCGCAGGAGCUGCUGCCCACAGUGACUUUGGGCCAAGGGAUGCUCAACGUGAUGCAGAGCUCCCAGCGUCCUUCAGCUCCGUGCAGCUGAUGCUGUCCAGGAUGGUGCUGAAAAGAUAUGUGUGAAGUGAGAAGAUUUAAACACAGGGUGGUCCCUGGAAUCAAGCACAGCUUGCUAACUAGCAACAGAGGCUAAACAACAACCCAAGCGCUCAGGUUUAUGUUGGCUUUGCUAUAGCAACUCCUUAUCGCCCCAGAGAUUAGAGCAUUUCAGAUCAGUUGUUGUGAGAUUUGGUGGAAUCCAUUUCCUGAGCUGUCACCACUGGGCUAAUCAGGCAGAGUUGAAAUGCAAAGGUGGGAAAAUGAAAGUAAUUGUCGUGCAAUACCGGAUAUGCUUAUACCAUUGCCAGAUUUUAGAUGUUUGGCUUUGGAUGCUGAUACAGGGAGCCCUAUGGCCUGAACUGUUACCCAGCUGAGCUGUGCAGAGUGAAUAUCUUCCUGUACAAAAAAUGAUUCCUUCCUAGCAUUUCUACUUAUUAUUAUUAUACUUAUUAUUGCUUGUUGUGCUUGCUCUGCACCAGAUCUACCCUGGGACAUCCCAAUUUAAACUCCUCCAAAAAUGGGAGUGGGGGUCCAUGGGAAGCUGAGGCACAUUUAGAGGACCAAAGGGCUGAUCUAGCAGUGGAGACAUUGCAGUGGUUUAUUUUGGCUUACACCAGCUGGUUGCUGCUGGAGUAGGCACAAAGUAGAACGGCACCACUUCAGUCCAAAUUCCUACUUAGAAUUUCAUUUAUAGGCUUGCACCAAUUUUGAAUCAUUCUUGCUGGAAAAGCAGUGAUACACUCAGCUUUCUCCCUGGGAUUUCUCCAGCUUGCAUUGCUUUUUUUUCACCCUCCUUUGCCAAUCAAAGGCUGACAACAGAUUUAGUCUAAGAAUAUAGAUUGCACGUCUUGUGCUUUCUCUGACCACCCUUAUUAGUGCAGUAGAGAUAAGCAACAUGCCCUGAGCUACGAGCUAACAGGCUGUGCAUAACUGGGCAUGCAUCUCCUGGCACAGCCUGGGGGGGCUAACGAGAUCCAGGACAGGCAGAAAGGUUGUCAGGCAAGUCUGCCAAUUUAGUUAUAAUUCCAAACAUUUAUAGAUGUUGGGAUCCAAGACUUGCAAGUCUGGCUCUGGUUCUGUGUGGUGCAAACAUUUUCAAAGACUUCUGUGUUGGAAAACAAAAAUCUGUGGUCCCAAUGGCUUGACUUUCGUCAAGGCAGAAGAACUCAUGAUUUUGACUCAAACGUUGAGCACUGAGUCAUCAGCUGCAACUUCUUUGCCUUUCCUGGCCAAGGCACUGCAAGACUUGUGCUGCUGCAGGCUCAUCUUAUUGGCAAUGGGCUCCUUGCUCACUGGCAUCCAAGAUAAAAUAGGGUCACAGACCCUUUGGUUGGCAAGGACCUUAAAUGGAUGGACUGCUAUGAUAUGUGGAAGAUCAAGCAAAAAGCAUUCUAAUCACUUGAGCCCGACAUCAGUGUCCUAAAAAGACAGUGUUAGAUGCCCAUGGCUCCUUGUUUUGACGGGAUGCCAAGGGGCUUUGCCUUGGUUGGUGUUCCUGCAUAGGAUUUCUGAGUAUCCUGAUAUAAUGGAACAGAGGUUUUUCUAUGAUUUAUUCCUAAAAACAAUUCUACUUGCCAUUAUUAGCAAAGCUUUAUAUUUGAGUGAGCAGAAGCAGGUCAGAGUGGAUGACAGCAAUUUAAUCUCCUGGAGCUUUUUUGUAACUUCUUGUGCUAUCAUUGACCCUAAGCCAACUUCCUCCCACUGCCAGCUAGGGGAAAGAUCCAGUCCCAUGGCAACAAUGAGUUUGUAAGCCUGUAUACUGUGCAGCCUGUAAAUGCUAUUUAUCCACAUUUCAGACUUGUUCACACUGGAUAGGAACAAGGCAGUGAGAGAUAAGAAUUCUCCCACUCCACCUAUGUGCGUGGAAGCACCACAGUUUCCAUGGACAGUUGACAUCUUGCUCACAGGUGUUGUUUGAAGCUGUUGUGUUAGGAACAGCUCAAGGGAUGUGGAUACCCAUCCCUAGAGGUGCUCAAGGCCAGGCUGGAUGGGGCAACCUGAUCAGGUACCUGAUUUAGAGGUUGGCAACCCAGCCCAUAGCAGUGGGGUUGGAACUGCAGGAUCUUCAAGGUCUCUUCCAAUCCAAGUCCUACUGUGAUUCUAUUUUUCCUAUGAUUCUAACUGUCCUUGGGAUGCUUGGUCCUUGUCAUUGAGGAAGCUGAGGAAGAAACAAGGCAACACUACUGUGGAAAGAAAGCGAAAAAUUGACGUCUCGCAUGCUUGGGAAGCAGAUGCCAAAGCAAUCUCAACUUCUUUAGCAAGAGGUCAAAGCCCGUCCCCACCUCUCAGGCUGCUUCCAAAAUGCUCUCAUUUGGAAAUAUCUCCCUGGACGUGGCAAACAGCAUCACGGCCAGCUGACGACAUGAAAGGAACGUCCCUCUGUUCCCAGUUCCUGUUAACAGUGUGUGGUGUGAAGAGGGCUGAAAUAUCACGUUGUUUUUUUAUGUGCGAUAAAGCAAAUUUUCAGAAGGUGUUGAUGGCACCUAGGCACCCUUUUGGGCAGGGCUAUGCAUGAAAAAUGGCUUUUUUGGAAGCCUCCUCCUCACACAGUGAGAGGUAAAUAAGAUGCUGCCUCCUUGCUGAGCUCUGCUUAUUGAGGUUUUCAUCUUGGUGGAUUUGCUGUGUGCUGAAAGUUGAACCUAACAGUUAGGAAAACUGCACCCAAGUUCGCAUCACUCAGGCUGUGUAUUUGGCUGAAAUUAAGAGCAGGCUUCUUCUUAAAAUCAACUUGCUUUGGAGGUAUCAUGUAUGUGCAGGAAGGACAUACAAUGCUCUCUCAUUCCUGGAGAGAACAACGUGUUCUCACUGCUUUCCUUUCCUUUGCACAAGCCAUCCUAAAGAAUGGCUGGACACAUUUCCCACACGUCUACCUCGCCUCCCACCGCAACUUGCUAUUUUCUGCAGUAGCCAAGCCAAAAAAGGAAAGUUACUAUCAUGCCAAAAAUGUGAUUUUGAUAAAAUAUGAGGGGACAAAUCAGCAUAAGCGUGACUGGCUUGGGAUCCAGCAGGAAGAGUGUGGGAAGGAUAAUUUUACUUCCUUGCCUCUCACGCCUACUAAAUGCCAGAAUACAACAAAGUGAAUUACUAAAUGAAUGCAAUAAAUACCAAAGAAAAGCAAAACAGAUUUUUGCUAUAGUGCAAAGAAUGCUAGACAAUGAGAGCAGGGCUAAAAUAUGUCAUAUAAGAAGUCACAUCUCUGCUCCAUAAUGCACGAUAUAGGAAAAAAAAUCCUAGAGUGGUGAUGCAUUCAUACUUAUUGCCCAGCAAGGUGGUGGAGAUGUGACACUUGGGGACAUGGUUAGUGGGCAUGGUGGGGAUGGGUUGGGUUGGACUUGGGAUCUUAGAGGUCUUUUCCAACCCUUAUAAUUCUAUGAUUUAGUAGAUUGAGGUGCAUUCAGAUCUGUGGGUUUAGUUGCUUUAAUUUGGAAGUCUCUUUCUUAUAGGGAAAGAAAAAUCCCAUGGGUGUUUUGUAGGCUAUCUCACAAGCCUUCCCAUCAUCUUGGAGGGGAUGUUCUUAUGCCCUGUAGCUGUGAAAUGUGAUGGCUAAGGGGCUGAAAAAGCCUUUUUGGUGAUGCAACUUUCUAACUCCAUGAUGUCCAGGACAAGAUUGAUCUGUGUACAGGGAUUAUUAUUUAUUCUGUUGUAAAUAAAAAUAAUGUAUUUUUAUGUGACAGUAGCAGCUCUAAAACAUAGCUCAUACAUCAGUCAGUUUUUAGAGACCUCAUGUCCUGCUGUUUACAGCAGAAGAUCUGGAAGUGCAUUACAUCCAGAGCAGGACUUGGGCAUGGCCAACAUUCAGGCUUUGAGUGGAGAGAUGUACCCAUGGGGCUGCAAAGUUUCUAUAUGUCAGUCAUGGGCAGACCCAUGCUUCUCUAAACCCAUUGCUGUCUCUCUCUCCAAAAAAAAAAAACCAAAAAAAACACAACAAACCAAAGCACUUUUUUUUCUUAAAAAAGAAAACCCUCCUUAUCCCACAGAACCCAGGAGCAUCAUCAGCUCACAUGAUGCCCAUGCUGCUCUCAGAAGCUGCUUGCUCCCCCCAUGCACUUAGGAAUUUCCAGGCCACCUGACCUCCAUUGGAAAUAUCUUUUAAAUAUGACCACUAUAAACACUCCACAUUUUAAUGGGCAGAAUAUCUUCAAAGAAGUUACUCUGCUCCUCAGAAACAGCUGCGGUUUGAUAGAGGUUAUUUUGCCUAUCUGCAACGGAAAUGGGGGAAUGCACAGUUUAUACUAAAUUAACGUGCACUUGUCCUAAUCGCAGCUUUCUGGGCUGCAGCCAAGCCUUCCCACGUCAUCAUGCUUUGCUGUGGGCCAUGGAGGAGUUAUUUGCCUCUUCACACAUUUGAUCUGCACAGAAAAGAGCGUGUGGCAUUUCCAGCCCACAUGCUCACAAAGUUUCUUCUGGACCUGACGAAGAAACAUCUCCUUAAAUGAUUCCCAGGCCUCAUGACUAGAUCUCAGAACCAGGAAUGUUGGAAAAGACAUCUAAGAUCAUCUGGUCCAACCAUCAACCCACCUCAUCACGCACUCCUGAAGUCAUCUGAACUCUCACCGAAAAGAAAGGGAGCAAGAUGCUCUGUGGGCUCAAAGUCCUUUUCAACCCAAACCCUCCUGUGAUUCCAUGAUUUCUGAAUUACUGAGUUUCAGACCUGAAACAUGUUGAUCAGAUUGUUGAUAGCAGGGGCAGAGAACCUUAUCUAUGGGUUGAUUUGCACUGGGCACCCUCCAUUGCGAGGUGAGCACUGUGAUUUUGCAGCACCUCCAUGCAUGAAUUACUUGAGUUGGGCAAUGAGAGGCUUUGUAACCUAUGGGGACCCUAAGGCAAGGAAAACCAUGCAGAGUCUGAGUUUAUCAUGGGAAUGUUCUGUUUAUGGGUCAGGCUCCUAAAUGCUCAACUCUUACAUUUCCUUUACCUGGAUUUUCCAACCAUGGCUGAGCAAAGACAGAUUCAAUACAUGCACCAUGUCUGAGCUUGAGCCUAAGGAGUUGUCAGCUUCAGGGCUACAGAACUCCCCCACAGCAAGUGCUAUAUACCCAAUAAUGGCUUUUAUUCUCUACAAACAUUUUCCCACUCCCAUCUUUCUCUUUUCACAGUCUCUUCUGAAUCUCUUUCUCUCUCCAGUCCUUUUUUUCUUUGCAGAUCUCUGCUAAGCAGUCCUGCAGCCUGUCUGGAGCUGAGCUUUCACUUCAAGUCCUCAGUAACAGCAAUCUAUUUGCAUUAACUCCAUUGUGCUUGGCACAGAAGAGUGCAUUUAGUCCUACAAGUCUUUGUUGAUAACUCCUGCUGAUCCCCUUUCUGUAUCCACAGAGGCUGGGCUGAAGCUGUGUGUUGUGGGUCACCCUUCUGAAUAUCAAUGAGUGAAAGGUUUCAGGGUCUUGUUCUAUUUUUCUUGUUCUAUAUUGUUCUACUCCAAAAGCUUCAGCAGCAUCAUGGUGACUCAUUGGCAGGCAGUGCGAAAGCAAGCAGCCAAA